CAUCCUUAAACAUGGCGGCAAGCGGUGAACGUGCAGAGAUCUCUGUGAGGAAGAGACGUGUUGGCAGUAAGAGAACAGAGCCAGACUCCGCUGUUAGCGGUGGAGAAGAUGGAAAACACUCCAGCAGCGACGCAGAGAAAGAGAAGCCGCUUCUGUCCUUACAGCCCGGGACUUACUGGCUCACUCGCAUUGUGCUGCUGCGCUCCGUCGCCUUUAUUUACUUUGUGGCCUUCAGUGUUGCUUACAACCAGAACAAGCAGCUGAUUGGUGAACAUGGCUUGAUGCCCUGUAAGAGCUACCUCAGAAGUGUCAAGCGCUAUGUUGGGGGGAAGAUCGGAAUGGCCGCCAUGGCGUACACCCCCUCCGUUCUCUGGUUCUUUGACUGGAGCGACAUGGACGCCAACCUGGAUGGCAUCGCCCUGUUGGGGAUGGCGCUGUCAGGGUUUGUCCUGGUGAUGGGAAUGGCCAACAUGGUGAUCAUGCUCACACUGUGGGUGCUAUACCACUCCCUGGUCAACGUAGGACAGCUGUGGUACUCCUUUGGUUGGGAGAGUCAGCUGUUGGAGACGGGCUUCCUGGCUAUUUUCUUGUGUCCGGUGUGGACUCUGUCCCAGGUUCCCCACCGGUGCCCCCCGUCUCUCAUCUGUAUCUGGACCUUCAGAUGGCUCAUUGUUCGCAUCAUGCUGGGGGCUGGUCUUAUAAAAAUCAGAGGCGACAAAUGCUGGAGAGACCUCACCUGCAUGGACUAUCACUAUGAGACCCAACCAGUUCCCAAUCCCAUGUCCUACUACAUUCACCGCUCUCCGUGGUGGUUCCAUCGCUUUGAGACCUUGUCGAACCACUUUGUCGAACUCAUCGUCCCGUUCUUCACUUUCCUCGGCAGGCGGAUGUGUAUGGUUAAUGGAGCAAUCCAGAUCCUUUUCCAGGUGGUUUUGAUAGUGAGCGGGAACCUUAGCUUUCUGAACUGGCUCACCAUCGUUCCCAGUUUGGCCUGCUUUGACGAUGCAUCGCUGGGCUUCUUGUUUCGCUCUGGGGCUGGAGCCAAGGAAGCAGUGCUGGAGAUACAGAGUGAGGAUUUAGCUGGACGCACCCCAGCACCUACCAAAGGUAUGUUGAUUCGUCGGGUGGUUAACAUAUCUUUGGGCAUUCUGAUUGGCUGCCUGAGCAUCCCUGUGGUGACGAACCUGCUGAGUUCCAGGCAGGUGAUGAACACAUCCUUUGACCCGCUGCGCAUUGUCAACACGUACGGAGCGUUUGGCAGCAUCACUAAGGAACGUACUGAGGUGAUUUUCCAGGGCACUCUGAGCCCAGAUCCCAAGGACCCUGAAGCAUUGUGGGAGGAGUACCAGUUCAUGUGCAAGCCGGGGGACGUGUACCGUCGGCCGUGCCUCCUCUCGCCGUACCACUAUCGACUGGACUGGCUCAUGUGGUUCGCUGCCUUCCAGACCUACGAGCAGAGCGAGUGGGUGAUCCACAUAGCAGGACGCCUGCUGUCCAACGACAGCACAGUCCUCUCACUUCUCGACCACAACCCGUUCCACGGCAGAGACUCACCCAGGUGGGUUCGGGGAGAACAUUUCAGGUACAAGUUCAGCCAGCCAGGCAGUGCCAGCGCAGCACAGGGCAAGUGGUGGCUGAGGAAACGCAUCGGAGCUUACUUCCCUCCUGUGAACCUGGAAGGACUCAGGGGCUACUUCCAAUCCAGGAACUGGCCCCACCCGCAUUUACAGCGGAACAGAAAGUAAAGCCGUGAGCUCUGAAAGUCACUGUGAAGAAGGGUGGGAUUCGAUUUCAUGAAGAACUUUUUCAUUGAUAUCGAGCAUCCACACAUUUAUUCCCACAUGAUGUGAGGGUUUUUGUAAAGCUUUCAAUUAAAGGUGGGAAGUUGCCCGCCUUUGUAUAUCUGAAUGAGUGCAGUUUCUAUAUUAAAAGGGAUCUACACAUAUGUAA